ACUUCACCUUAAUUUCCACCUCUCAUUCCCAUGAAUAAAGGACCUUGACCACCAAACUCUGCCUCCUCUUCCCAUCUCUCAAUCAAACCCAGAGGAGGCGAUGAGUGAGUACGGGCUGGCUUACACGGCCUACGCAGCAAAUGUAGCUAAGGCAGCCAGCCGGAACAAGACUACAUUGCCUCCUGCAGACAAACUCCACAUGAUAAGGUCUCAAUAUCCCAAAUCACCACCAAGAUUUGCGCUUUCUCCAUACAAGGAACGUAACAUCAAAACCCACAAGUCCUCUGAUACCAAGUCAUGGUGGAAUGAUCCGGAGAUGAAGAGGAAGAAGAGAGUUGUGAAAUAUAAAUUAUAUGCUGUGGAAGGGAAGGUUAAGUCUUCCAUCAAAAAUGGGUACCGUUGGUUGAAGAGGAAAUGCUCCAAGAUGGUCCAUGGCUUCUAAGAAGAACAAGAAAAAGAGAGCUUGAAGAGAAUUUGUCUUAUAAAUAAGGACUUUCCAUGGAUGCAUGGUUGUUUGGUUUUGUGAUUCAAAAAAAGGAAAUGUACUCGCUUUUUCUUGAAGGAUUCGAUUUUUUUUCUUCAGUUUUCCUUCUCAUCUCUCUUUUUUUCUCUGAUAAUCAAAUUUCUUUGAGACCUGAAACUCAUUUUAUUCAUGGUGAUUGACUUGCGCUCAUGAAACUAAAAUUAAGUAAAAGAAAACAUUCUCAACGUUAUUAAACGGUGUCGUUUCUGUCGCAUCGCAUCAGCGUCCCUUUGUUUCUUCUGAAUUUUGAAGGAAUUUCAGCCGGGGGGAAAUGCAGCGCCGUCCAGUGAUUCUCUCAAUCAGAAUCAGAGGAUUCACCGGAGAAAUGGACGGUCACGAUCUCAAUCAGAAUCAGAGGAUACCGGAUUCCACGAAGAAUCUGCGAACAAAUGCGUUUCAUCUCUCUUUUACGGUGCACAUUUCCAUCUCCAAUGCCCCGAAAAUCCCCGAACCAUCGUCUAUGUUUCCAAUUAUAAACUUGAAUAUGCAUAUUCAGUGUGAAUUCUUUUAAUUUAAGGGAAAAAUGAGUUGUGUCGAUUGAAGUUAUGAUUGGGGGGUCCGGAAAUGCUGCAAGUGCAGGAUGAGGUUUCAUGAAAUGGGGUUUGUUAAAGAGAGGACGAAAAGUUGCAAGAUAUGCUUGGUUUUUUAAGUUUGAAUGUGACAGAUAAAUCCACACCAAACCCGAAAUUAGAAGAAAAUGGUGAGUGGUGAAGCUCUCAUAUCACAUGUGACUCCUGAG